CAAACCCAAUUCCACCCCAUUGCAACCUCCCAACGCGCCAAAAAUUUAAAACAAAAAAACAAGAACAAGAACAAAUAUAUCUUAAAGAAUAAAUAACAAAAAAAAUGAAAAAAGUGACAACAAGAGCAAGAACAAUCAAACCAAACCCCGAAAACGCCACCCCCAUAUCGUCCUUCCCAACCCCGAUCCAACCUUCCCCCGUACCCACCACCUAGAUCCACCAGUGCAAGGCAGUGGGUGGAUGUCCCAAACAAAGUACAUCAAGGCCGAGUGGUUGUCUCCUCACACCCGAGCUACGUCUUCACCGUCCGAUUCGAUGACCGAAGAAAAGACUCAGCCUUUGAUCGAGACCGGCGAGUUUGAGCUGAUUCCGGUCGGGAUGAACUCCGCGGGUGAGACUGAGUUGGACGAGUCGGUAUUUGAGCUGUUGGAGAGUUCGGGUGAGGAAAAGAAUGCGAUAGUGGAGAAGGAAUGGAAACCGCCGGAGUUGAAGCCCAAGAGAUCUCAGACUGGGGUUAAGAUGGUGACUGGAGGAGGAGAAGAAGAUGGGCAACAUAAUUCGAUGAUGAAGACUGAAGAGAACUCGGAACACACUCGUACUGUCUGGGGAAAACCCAAUUUUUUAAAAUGCUGAGAUUCUCUCCCAGCGUCAUGUUUCUGUGAUGCCAAAAGAAAAAGGGAAUUGGAGUUUUGAUUAAUCUUUUGGACAUGAAUUGGUUUUCCUUCGUUUGAUUUGAUCUCAUUUGGUUAUCCUUAGUUUAUUUGUUUAUAUCUGGCGUUCAAAAGUGCGUAGUAGCUUGCUUAUUUGCUAUGGUGGUGGUUCUUGCAAAAAGCAUUGUCAAUGUGGUUAAGCAACAAACAUUUUGUGUUUGAGAAAUUCAGCUUCUCAAUGUGGGGACUUAAGUUAAGAGAGUCAAGACAAAUAGAUCUGGUUGGUUUUAUACAGUGAUUAGUUGUUUGUUUAAGCUUUUGCUGAUUAGAGAUUGUGGUGUCGGCAAGUCAUGUCUACCUCUGUUGUUUGCUGUAAGUUGUAUAAAAUUAGGCAUCUAAUUCUACUUGGAGCAUUCCCUUAAAUUGCUUUUUUCUUCAUCUUUGGGCUUUCAGUUUUUGGCUUUUUUUUUCGUUGAAGGGACUCUAACGAUCUGCCUUAACUUCCUUUUGCUAUCUUGUGCUGAGAUUAUGAUUUAUAAUGGGAAUUUGAAUAUAGAGAUGUCAGUACAUGUAUUGUUGUGAUGAGAUUAGCUUUCUAAGCUUUCUUGCUUUUCACUGUGUGAUUCUGUUGACAGCUGAGAAAUAUAACCAAAGGUGAUCAUUCCCACCAAGAACAGAGUUGUGGAGGCAAAGAGAGGCCAAAAGUAACCCAAAAUGGAUAUGAGUCUAGGGGCUGCAUACAAAUUUGAGAAAAAUAUUAGUGAAACCAAGGUUGCUACGCCUAAAUGAAAUAUGUACUGCAGAAGCUGUGGUGAGAUAUCAUCCAUGGCUUGCUUUGCUUUCUCAAUUACAAUCACAACUCUCAGAGAGGGAGGGAGAGGUUAUUGACACUACCUUCAGGAGUAUGCUGAUCUUUUAGAUGAGUUUAUGAGCGCUGUCAAGCAAAAUAUGGGGAAAAAGUUCUCACACAUGUUGCUUCUUAUAUAACAUCUUAUAUAUUCAUAGGGUUUCAGGAGCAUUAGGAGUUUGUUCUCGAGAUAAAUAUUUGUUGAUCAUUUGAAUGUACUUAAAAGAAUU